AUGCUGCUCCGGACAGUAAUUUCUGCUGUUUUUGUUGCUCAGGCCCUUGCUCAAUACCAGCAAGCCUUCGCCCCGCAGCCACCCCAGCAGCAGCAAUAUAUUCCUCAACAACCCCAGCAGCAGCCCCAGUACAUCCAACAACAACAACAGUUCCCCCAGCCCCAAUUCCAACAACAGAUCCAGCAACAACAGCAGCCGGUUCAGAGCUAUCAGCAGCCGCAACAGCAACAGGUUCCGCAGCAGCCCCAAUUCCAGCAGCAAAUCCAACAACAGCAGCAACCCCAGCAACAGGAGCAACAGGGUCGCCUUACUGGAUACCUCCUCACCCCAGUCGCCGCCCCCGCCGACUACGUCAACAACCCGGCCGACAUUCCGCCGAUGAACGAGGGACAGUUCACCAGGAUGGGAGGCAAUGAGCAACACCCCCUGUACGUCAUCCAAAACCCCGACACCACCGGUCAGGCCUCCGUUUUGCCGCCCGGCUUCUCCGCCAACCCAUCCGAGCCGAAUCAGAAGCCGAACGGGUUCUUCAUGCCGAUCGACAAUGCCCCACUUCGAGACGGGCGCCCCUUCACCCUCAUGGUUGUCAAUGGAAUGCGCACGCACGGCCCGGCCUACAAUGCCCUUCCCGUGGCCCCGGAAGUGUCGGUCAAGUCGGAGGUGGUGGGAUAUCAGGCCCCGGCUGCCCCAUCCGGCGCUGCCCCCUACCAC